AGGGCGCGGCUGAGAGUGGUACCCAUGCCGUCUGUCCGUCUGGCUGGAUGGGGGAUGUUGGAUUGUGAAUCAGGGGAGCGUUGGAGAGUGAGUGAGAGCGAGUGAGUGAGGGAGGGAGGGGAGAGAGGAGAGAGAACCUCUGUGGCUGCUACUGCUGCUGCCGCUUCGCCAGCCUUCUCCUGUGCGCAGUGCACUGCCUGCACCGACCGCUCCUUCCAGUUCCAUCCCGAGCCGCGUCUCUCCUACGGCGGAUUGGCGGAUGCCGGCUACCCCCCUGUUUUCUCUCAUCGCGUAGCCUACUUGCGACGAUGCGAAGAGCCUUUUAACACUUCUUCCAGACGACUAUUCUCGAGGAGGGGGAGGUUGGAAUGAGAGCGUUCCUGUCUAACGUGCUUUGAUGAUACGGGAUUCGCAGAUUCAACGGGGGAGUCGAGAGGAUCGGGGAUAUUUUAUACAGAGGCCUACCAGUGACAGAGGGAGUGUGUGAACGCGGUCGCCAUGUUGAGUCCCGUCCUCAACGCGUCCAACGGCGACGGCUCCGAGUCUGAAACCACCUCUGCCAUCCUCGCCUCGGUCAAGGAGCAGGAGCUGCAGUUUGAGCGUCUGACCAGGGAGUUGGAGGCGGAGCGACAGAUCGUGGCCACCCAGCUGGAGAGAUGCAAGCUGGGCUCUGAGACCGGAAGCAUGACCAGCAUCAGCUCAGCAGAGGACAAGUUCCGAUGGAACAACCAAGAUGGCCAGAAGGACAUUGAGGAGGAGCUGACCACAGGUCUGGAGCUGGUGGACUCCUGCAUCCGCUCCCUGCAGGAGUCUGGCAUACUGGACACCCAGGAGUUCACUGCUGGAGACAGACAAGGUCUCCUUUCCCAGAGUGCUUUGCAGCUGAACAACCAGGAUGCGUACGCGGCAGCCGGUUACCAUAGCAACCAGGGCCUUAUCCUGGGCGAGGGGGCUGGUCCCCGUGGCGGCCAGGUGGGAGGGGCCGUCCAUAGCUACAACCAGGUGACCUCCAACCGUGUGGCGGCCCAUCUGGCGGCAGGCGGGGGGGAUUCCCCCUCCCAGUGCCAGCGGGACUCGUACGCCCAGCAGCACGCCAGCGCCUUCCACCUGCCCUCCGACGGAAGCCCCGCCUCCUCCGCUGCUGGCAGCUCCGGACCCCCCAUGUACUACUCCUGUGCCACGCUCCCUGCCCAGCGUGUAAGCUCUCCUCUGCAGGCCAUGGGUUCUCCCACUAAGCUCCAGAGGCUGGCCUCCACAUCCUCGGAUAUGCCCAGCUAUGCCACCCUACAGCGGGUCUCCUCGCCCAAGCAGUCCCCCAGCCGGCUUGCCAAGUCCUACAGCACCUCCUCCCCCAUCAACAUGGUGGCCGGCGCCGGCUCCUCCCCCCUCGCCAUGGCGACCUCGCCGGGGGGCAACCUGUCGGCCGCCUCCCCCUUCCACGUGCUGAGCUCCGGGGUGGGCAGCUACGCCACGCUGUCGCCCACCAAGCGCAUGCUGCACCACGUGGGGCCCGACGGCUACAAGAUCUCCCACGAGCUGUACGCCAACGCCACCCUCAAGAGGCCAGGGAGCCUGGCAGGUAGAGGUUCCCGAGGGUCAUACAGCAGUCAGCACAGUCACCUGGGGUCUGAACUCCGACCCCUGCAGUCCCCUGAGCACCACAUCGACCCCAUCUACGAGGACAGAGUCUACACCAAGCCCAACCUGCGGGGACAAGACCCCAUGGUUGACCAGCUUUGCCAGGAAGUCCUCAACUAUCUGCUCUAUCCCUACGCUCUAGCCCCGCCCUCUCCCGGUGUCGACCCAAUCCCCUUGCAGCGCACAGCUAGCCAGAGUGCGUCCGGCACCUAUCAGAGGGCCAGCUUCGCCGCCGGGGGCGGAGUCUCGGACUACGGCAACCCGUACCGCACGCUGCCCUUCUGCACGUCUAGCGAGUCGCCCUACAGCAAGUCUGGCACGAUACUGCCCCCUGAGGUGGCCCUGGCCCGGUCCCCGUCGGUGGACAGCAUCCAGAAGGACCCCAGGUACGACCCAGAAUUCCUUGUGUGGAAUCAAAGUCAAGCCGAGCAGAGACUGACAAAGGAGUUUGGCUGGAGAGACCCAGAGCUGCCAGAGGUGAUCCAGAUGUUGCAGCACCAGUUCCCGUCGGUGCAGUCCAAUGCCGCCGCCUACCUUCAGCACCUCUGCUUCGGGGACAACAAGAUCAAGUCUGAGAUCCGUCGUCAGGGGGGCAUCCAGCUGUUGGUGGACCUACUGGACCACCGGAUGACAGACGUGCACCGCAGCGCGUGCGGCGCCCUCAGGAACCUGGUGUACGGCAAGGCCAACGACGACAACAAGAUCGCCCUGAAGAACUACGGCGGCAUCCCCGCGCUGGUGCGCCUGCUGCGCAAGACCACCGACGUGGAGAUACGGGAGCUGCUCACCGGUGUGCUGUGGAACCUGUCGUCCUGCGACGCUCUGAAGAUGCCCAUCAUCCAGGACGCGCUGGCCGUCCUCACCAACGCCGUCAUCAUCCCCCACUCGGGCUGGGACUCCUCCCCCCACGCCCAGGACGACCGCAAGCUGCACCUGCACUCCUCCCAGGUCCUGAGGAACGCCACCGGGGGCCUCAGGAACGUGAGCUCGGCGGGGGAGGAGGCCCGGAGGAGGAUGAGGGAGUGUGAGGGGCUGACGGACGCUCUGCUCUACGUCAUCCAGACGGCUCUGGGGAGCAGCGAGAUAGACAGCAAGACCAUAGAGAACUGUGUGUGUAUCUUGAGGAACCUGUCCUACCGGCUGGCUGCAGAGACGACCCACAGCCAGCAGGGGGUGUCAGAGGAGCUGGACGGCCUGCUGAGCGACGCCGGGGGGAAGGACGGGGAGAGCUCCGGCUGCUGGGGCAAGAAGAAGAAGAAGAAGAAGAGCCACGACCAGUGGGACGGAGUCGGCCCCUUCCCGGACUCGGCCGACCCGCCAAAGGGCAUCCAGAUGCUGUGGCACCCCACCAUCGUGAAGCCCUACCUCACCCUGCUGUCCGAGUGCUCCAAUCCGGACACGCUGGAGGGCGCGGCGGGGGCGCUGCAGAACCUGGCAGCCGGGAGCUGGAAGGUAAAGUGGUCGGUGUACAUCCGCGCGGCGGUGCGUAAGGAGAAGGGGCUGCCCAUCCUGGUGGAGCUGCUGAGGAUAGACAACGACCGGGUGGUGUGCGCCGUGGCCACCGCCCUGCGCAACAUGGCUCUGGACGUCCGGAACAAGGAGCUCAUCGGUAAGUACGCCAUGAGGGACCUGGUCCACCGCCUGCCCGGCGUCGGCGGCAGCAACAACAACAACACCAGCGCCGGGGGCGGGGCUAACGGCAGCGGGGGCGGGGCCAAUGGCACAGGGCUGCCGGGCAAGACCAUGUCGGACGACACGGUGACGGCCAUCUGCUGCGCGCUGCACGAGGUCAUCACCAAGAACAUGGAGAACACCAAGGCCCUGAGGGACGCCGGCGGCAUCGAGAAGCUCAUCGGCAUCGCCCGCAGCAAAGGAGACAAACACACUCCCAAGGUGGUGAAGGCCGCCUCGCAGGUUCUCAACAGCAUGUGGCAGUACAGAGACCUACGCAGCCUCUACAAGAAGGAUGGCUACUCCCAGUACCACUUUGUGGGCUCCUCCUCUACCAUAGAGAGGGACAGACAGAGGCCUUACUCCUCCUCCCGCACCCCCUCCAUCUCCCCCGUCCGGACGUCCCCCAACAACCGCUCCGCGAGUGCUCCAGCCUCACCAAGGGAAAUGAUGGCGGCGAAGGAAAGGAAGGCGGAUUAUGAGUCGACGAGCAAUCCUGGUUACCAUGGCAACAAGGGCGAGCACACCUCCAGGAAGGACGCCAUGGCGGGUCAAAUCCCAGGCGGAUCGUCAACGCUACACAGAGGCGCCUACGUCUCGCCCACAGACGACCUCAAAUACAACCAGGUGUCCUCCCAGGGCAUGCCCUCCGAGCCCUACCCGCCCUUCCAGAACCCCCCGCCGCCGCCCGGCGCCGGUAACUACGACGACCAGGCCUUCUACGAGGAGCAGGUGCACGCGGCGGGGGGCCGCCCCCCGCAAGGAGACCUCAACAUGCACCUCGGGGGCCUCAAGUCCACUGGCAACUACGUGGACUUCUACUCCGCGUCGCGGCCCUACAGCGAGCUCAACUACGAGACCAGCCACUACCCGGCCUCGCCGGACUCCUGGGUCUAGUGGGGUACCCCCCCUCCUGGGUCUAGUGGGGUACCCCCCCUCCUGGGUCUAGUGGGGUAACCCCCCUCCUGGGUCUAGUGGGGUACCCCCCCUCCUGGGUCUAGUGGGGUACCCCCCCUCCUGGGUCUAGUGGGGGAGCCUCCUUCCGGUUCUAGUGGGGGAACCCCCCCUGGGUCUAGUAGGGGGUCUCCCCCUAGGUCUAGUGGGGGAACACCCCUGGGUCUAGUAGGGGGACCCCCUUUCUGGGUCUAGUGGGGGAACACCCCCUAGAUCUAGUGGGGGAACACCCCUGGGUCUAGUAGGGGGACCCCCUUUCUGGGUCUAGUGGGGGAACCCCCCCUGGGUCUAGUGGGGGAACCCCCCCUGGGUCUAGUGGGGGAACCCCCCCUGGGUCUAGUGGGGGAACCCCCCCUGGGUCUAGUACUCGAGAGAUCCAGAGCCUGAGAUGAAGGGGGGGAGGGGAGAGGAUGAUCUCUUUAUUUUUGUUCCAUUAGUUCCUCUUUAUCUCUCUGCCCCCCUUGUACAAUUCCAAGCCCCCACCGACGUCAUUACCUUCACGACCAUCUCUGCCCCCUCUCACCUUCACCCCC